CAGCUCCUGUCAGACAGCUGAGCACACACCACUGAUGGCUUGAGCCAGUCUGCACUGGAGCAGAUGAGCUGCAGCUCAUCCUUGGCUUUUGUGGGUCACUGAUGGUGGAAGAAGGCCUUAAAAAGCAGAGGUGAAUAAAGGGGCUUUGCCUGGAGCAGCUUUAAAUAGAAACUGUGGUGGUGGCGUUUGUUUUCUUUUUUUGAAAGAAAACAGCAUCAUACCCUCCUCAAACAUUAUUUCACUAUUAAAAUCAUCAUCAAAACCUCUGGAGAAAUAAAUUUUAUUUCAGAUAAAUAUCUGCAUUUUCAAUCUGUUUCUUGAAAGGAGCCAAGUUCGCAGUUGUUCUACGGGUCUAUAAAGCUGAGGUCAGUGCUAGUAAAUAUUCUAUACAGGAGCAUGGCAAAACUCCUGAGGUGCAUCAUUGCACAUGUAAACUAAAAUAAUGUACUGUUCCUUCCCAGAAUAACUGCAUCUGUGAUUGUGCCUGAGCUGGGAAUUCACCUUAUCUGAUUUCUCAAUCUGACUUUCUCAGAUUGCAAAAUUGUGGAAUGUUUGUGGAAUGUAGCUUACAUUUAUAGAUAUUUAGAAUUAAAGGGCAACCAGUAUGGGGUUGCUUUUUAUCUUAAUUACAUCAGAAUGUACAAACUCAGGAAACAGUCUCCGGGCACCCUUCAGUAUGUUGUUUCCCCAGUGUGCACACGCAGCCAGAGUUUUCUUGCUGGGCCAGAAAGAAAUACUUUGUUCAGCCCCUUCUCCAUGCUCAGAGGCAGCUUUGUCUGUUUCUGUUGCGCAAGCAGCAGUUUUGGCUGCAGCUUGUUUCUGUGAGCUAGGGGUUGUGACCUGGAGUGCAGGCCAAGAGGAUACGGGAAAGCAGAGCUCAGGCUAUUCCCUGCUGGAGCACAAAGCUAGAGCUUUAUCUUGGCUACCAUAGGGAGCUCCCACAUUGUUGUCACUACUGCUGUCCUUGUUGGAGAGGAGUCCAGGGGAUACACUGCUAGAUCUUCUAAAGAUCCCCUCCAGCACCUACCAUCUGGGAAUUAUUCUUAUGUUUUGCUCUUUACAGAAAAUGUUUGUUUGGAGAGAAUGUGAAACAUGGCAUAAGAUUCAGAAAUAUCCUCUAUAGUCCAAAAAGCCUGAGCUCUUGUAGGAAAAAAUACCGUCAGUCAGUUUUGAAGGCAAUGCUCUGUUCUAGGUCCCAGAGCAAAAUGGCACAUGCCUGUACCCCACCUUACCCGAGUAAUUUUCCAGUUUUUUUUUUUUUUAAACUGAAAAGGUGACAGGGCCACUUGCAGCCAGUAGAGAAGAAAUUUGAGCAACUCUGUACUGUAAGAACAUAGGUUGCAACAUAAGUUGAGACUAGGAUGUGAACAGAGGUUGCAGCAAAACAUAGUUCCUGCAAUAACUGAGCUGUUGUUACAGAGGGAAACACUGGGCUCAUGGGUGGCAGGGGACAAAAUUAUGUGUCUGCUCCCUGCUUUUUGCAAGGUUCACUUGUCCAUUGGGUUGAACUUUAGAUUCUCAUUGCCCAUUGUUCCAUUCAGAGAUACAGAGUACUAUAGAGUAUCUGUUCUACCGCUCCAGGCCGGUCUGUGCAAAAUGUAUCCUCUUAAGCUGAACUCUUGGCUGAAGUCCUGCGAUGCCCAAGGAAAGUUGCCUGAUAGCACUUUAUUAGCUUUAUUGCACCUCUUUCACCUCAUGCUUCUGCUCUGCAGCUCCAGCAGCAAAUUGUUUAAAGUGACAGAUUUGUCAACAGGGCAACUACCUGUAACUCUUCUGAGGAGAAUGUAAAAUGCUCUCUUAGACCUGUUAAAUCAUGUGUGAAGCCACACAAAGGGAAGACUUUCUGCACCCUCUCUCUACAGUGCAACUGCACUCAAACCUGGAGCUUUCUGCUAGUUAACCAAGGGAAGCAAGCAGGCUCCUGAGCAGGGAGAGCACAGUGGGUACUCAAACUCUGAACCAUGUCACUAGGGCCUGAUAGUUAAUAUAUGAAUUUUAAAAUCUAGCAGAGUUGUUGCUGUAUGGAUCUGAACUUCCCCUUAGGUAAAAUGUUUACUGCUGCAUCAAAAACUCUGCUUUGUUUAAGCCCACCUAAGCCCAACUGAGCUGCCGUUGCAGCAGGAUGGCUGGAAGUCCCUUGGGAAGGAUCUGUGAAAGCAAACCAAGGCAGGAUGAACCAUUCAGAGCCUCUUUAUGGUGUGUGUGUCUGUGCUACCUUAGAGCAUUAUCAGCAGGGACGCAGGUGUAUGUGGUUUGCUUGGCAAUGGAGUUAAGAGCAACACUUCUCAUUUUCCAUUCCAUCAACUCUGGGAUUCAUCUGGUCAUCCCAGCAUGCAUGAGAAUUUUACUUAGCAGUUCCUGCAGUCCUUCUGGUAAUGCAGGUGACUGUUGCUUGUGCACAGACACAGACCUGACCUUGUGCUUCAUGCAGACAACCAGGCACCUUCCCUUCCAAGCUCUGUCCAGCACAAGGGCCAAAAAAAGUGUCACCUUUAAGUCAAGUGUAACAUUUCAAGCACACAGAACACUUCAGUCUUCAAGGCAGUUUCUCAGUCUGCUUGUUAUGAGGAGCAAAUAGUCCCAUGGACAGCUGAAGAAGCACCACAUACUGUCUAAAAAAUUGUGUAAGAGAAGCUAUGAACUUUCAGUAAGGACAAGGGCAGGUUUCCAAUAACGAUUUCUGUGUUUAAAGUGGGGGAGUAGUGGGGAAUUCCUAGCCAUGGGUGUAUCCUUUACAGUUUCCUCUUUUGAAGGAUUUGAAUUGCUUAUAAAUACCCUCUUUGAGUCUGAGAGCACACGAGACCAUCUCCACUUCCUUUGGCUUUGCCUUUCUGCAGUGCUCUGUCUCAGACUUGGGCAAGUAACCAUGAGGCUCUGUGUCUGCCUCAUGUUGCUCUCCGUUGUUCUUUGUGUAAGUGCUGACAGAUCUGGACUGCGCAGAGCUGGACACUUUGUCCGGGAUGCAGCGAGAGGAACAUGGGAUAUGUACAGAGCAUACCGGGACAUGCGUGAGGCAAAUUAUAAAGGUGCCGACAAAUACUUCCAUGCUCGUGGGAAUUACGACGCUGCCCGGAGAGGACCUGGUGGUGCCUGGGCAGCAAGAGUGAUCAGUGAUGCCCGGGAGGGAUGGCAGAGCAGAGUGAGCGGCAGAGGCGCCGAGGACACCCGGGCGGACCAGGAGGCGAACAGGUGGGGGCGGAACGGCGGGAACCCGAACCGCUACCGCCCCAAGGGGCUGCCCAGCAAGUACUAGGGCUGUCCCCCUGCUGCUCUAACACCUCCCUUUGCCUUUGUACAUCAUCAUCAUCAUCAUCAUCAUCAUCAUCAUCAUCAUCAUCAUCAUCAUCAUGGCUAGGCUUCGCGAACGAAGAUUUGGGAAGGGCUCUACCCACAUUUGCUACAAGCGCGCUGGUGACUAAAAAGUCUUUCUUAGCUUUUGUACAGCCGAAUAAAGAAAUCCUUCUGAAAACUGUA